AUGACCCGCAACGUUAAUGGAGAGGCGAACACGAAUGGGUUUACAGAUAAGGAAAGUGAGCGCGCUCAGUUUGACAGGCGGCGCGGCCAUCUUGAAUUUAGUGUCAAAGGUCGCGCGGGAACAGUUUCACUGAAGGCGUGCAGCGGAUUGGGCGAAUUCGCACGCGAUAGUCAGAUUGUCGGAUGCGACGGUGCGCUA